UCCGUCACGAGAUAUCAUAAAACGGACCUCGGAUUUGUGAUCAGGGACAAAAGUUACCCCUUAGGACAAAGUUUCAUGCAAAUCGAAGAGGGGUCGGGGCAACUUUUCCCGAUUUCGUGUGAGUUGGUAGAGAAUUACCCUUAUUUCAAUCUUAUUUUUAUUUUUUCCCAAGAAAUACAUUCAUAGCCAUCAUAAAUCACAUAAAUGCUUGUAUCAUUGGUGAAGUACCGCUUAUCACUGGACUAACAACCGGAUCUAAAUUCGGCUCUAUCGACUUCAUGUUGUAAAGAUUGACAUACGCAUUUGGUUAUCAUUAUCAAUAACACUGGUUGACAUUUUUCUUGAUUGCUUGAAAAAGAGAACUCUUAUAUAAGAACUUUAUAAGAACUUUAUAUUUACGUGAUCUUCCAAAAUAAUUCUUCAAAAUUUUUAAAGCAAAUUACUCAACUCAACGUUUUUGAAGAUGAUCUGAGUAAAAGUGCCAGUUUUGCCAAGGUAUGAUAGAUUUGGCCUCCCUGAACACUCUCCAAUCGAAAGAAUUGAACUUAAGUAAAUUUUCUGCCAAUAAAUAAAUUUGUAAAUUUCUGGCGAAAAUGCAAUGGACUCUGUUAAAGUAACCAUGCGCACCCACGAGUUCAUGUGAGGGUAGCAAAACGUAAGGCGGUAUAAUACAAUUCUAUUGAUUUGGUCGUGUUCAGUGAGCCCAAAUUUAUCAUACCAUGACAAAACUGAACUAAUUCGAAAAUGUAAAGUUGUGUUUCAAGUCUGAUUGAGUUUUGAAAGCCACUGUACCCCCUCGUUUCAAAUCAUUCUCCAGCUAUAAAAGCCCCGAACUUCAAUCGCCAGUUCUAGUUCACCUCCAUCAGCAUGAAGCUGCUCAUUCUCGCGGUAUCGGUCCAGCUAGUCGCCCUAAUCCGGGCGGAUAUUCCCGGAACCUUCCUAAACCGUACCACCCAUCGCGGGGCAGAUCCUUCAGCUGCGGCAGCGUCUUCGGACCAGCAGUGCGAUGGCCUGAGCUAUUACACCACCUGCACUCCCGGCAUGUGUGAAAUGGUUCAGGUGUGCCUGGGCGCCUCAACGGAGUAUCGCUACUGCAGCAUGGUGAAUCCCGAUAAGCCGUUUUGCAACAAGGGCGAGUGUUCGGAUGUGCCCGACUUUAGUGGCGGCUGUGAACCUAAUCAUUUGUGGUGCACCGGAGAGGGGUGGUUCCCGGAUCCUAACGUAUGCUGGCUGUAUCACUACUGCGAAGAAUUGAACGUAAUGUCCGACGUGGCCAUGUGCCCCGCGGGAUAUGUUUACAACCCGGAAACUAGUAUGUGUAAAAAGAAGCUACCGGACGAAGACUGUAUCCGGAUUGAGUGUGACGCCGAUGAGGUAUUGUCUCCGUACGGCGAGAGUAAACGUUACUUUGGAUUCUGUCAGCUGGAGGGGGCGUUGUCGAUCAACAUUCGGAUGUACCAGUGUCCAGAUGAUACCAAGUUCAACGGCAAAGGAUGUGUGUACGAGUGUACGGCCGUAGGAAGAUUCGGUGUUGAUUCGGAUUCAAGUGUAUUCUAUACAUGUUUUGAGGUUGGAGGUGAAGCAAUGCUAGAAAAGUGCCCUGUAGGUAAAACGUUUGACAAAUCCAAAGGAGUCUGCACAAUUCCUCCACCAACAAACUAACACCUUUAUCCUAGCCCAUUUUUAUUUUAUUAUAUCCAGAAAAGCUUUGAAACGAAUCAAUAGCCUUGUAAUCUACCGCAUAUCUCAAUAAAUAUCCGCUUAA